AUGAUUGCACUUAAGACAGCAUUGAGUAUUGUAUUGCUGUCCAUGGUUCAUGGGAUUCCCACACUUUUUGGAACAGAGUCAAAAAUAGGUCUUCCAGGAUCUGAUCUGGGCAUGAAACUAUCAUCCAUCCUUCCAGGAAACAGACACCUACAGAGUAUGAAGUAUCCUUUGUAUAUGAUGCAGCUCUACCACAAUCUUCUUAUGCGGAAUGAGUCAAAAUUGUCAGAACGAGCCAACACUUCAGAUUACAACACCGUGCUAAGCCUUGUUGCAAAAAAUUGUACAGAAGUCGAUAAGCGCCUCAAGCUGUCCUUCGACAUGUCCUCGAUUUCCAGCAGCAAUGAGUUACAGUUGGCCCAGCUAAGGAUACACACCCCUUCAUUCCUGACAUCAGAGAACAAAACCUUAGAGAUCUACCACAGCAAGAAAGGAAAAGAACUCUUUCUUGGGUCAUUCAAGAUAGAUCCUUUUACCAUACAAGGUUCUCCAUGGGCCAGCUUCGACCUAACCCAAAUGCUUCAACUCUUCCUCCAGCACGUAAGAGAAAAAUAUACAGAUGAGCACAUAAAAUCCAAGUACAUGACAGAGAAAGCCAGGGACACAAAUAUGGAAUUAGAACCAGAAGUAGGAGGACAACAGACCACCUACACAUCCAGUGCAGAGAGGGUUGUGCUUGUGGUGUUUGCCAAGGACAAGUCCUAUGACAGCAUAUCUGGUUCUCCAAGUCUCAUCAAAACAGUGGAGUCCUCGAAGUAUGUUGCACUGGAGAAAGCUAGCAGAAUAUCAGCCAUCCGGAGGCACAGAAGGAACAGGAAUGAGGACCACCAUCUGCUGAUAAACAAUGUGCCUUCAAGGCCUGCAGAACACGGGAAACCCUUGUGCCGAAGGGUAGAUAUGGUUGUAGACUUUGGUGAAAUCGGAUGGGGAGAUUGGAUCGUCUAUCCUAAGAAGUAUAAUGCCUACAGAUGUGAGGGUGCAUGUCCAAUCCCGCUGAAUGAGACCUUCAAACCAACAAAUCAUGCUUACAUGAAGAGUGUGAUGAAGCUGUACCAGCCCGAGAAGGUGGAAUGCCCAGCCUGUGUCCCAGUGAGGAUGAGCCCCCUGUCCAUGCUGUACUAUGAGGGCAGCGAGGUGGUCUUAAGGCACCAUGAAGAAAUGAUUGUCGAAGAGUGCGGCUGCAGCUAG